CUUUCUAAUGACCCCAGGCGCUCUGUGCUGCGAAUACCGCAUACACAUAAAACCGAUACAAAUACUUAAAAAGUGAUUGAAAUUCAGCUUGUUUCACGCGUGUCUAGGACCGGCGCACUUGGGCCCUAACUUUGACCGUGCGCCGGGAAUAUAGACCUUAUCUCCAACAGGAUAACGCCGUUUCCUAAUUAGCUAGCAACGGAGGAAAAGCUGGUUAAACAAUCAGCCGGCAAUAAGAUGUGAAUAAUUUCAUAAUAAUGUAACUAUGAAAAUAACUGUAUGCUACAAAAGAAGGAGAAAUGAUCGAGACGUGUUGCAAAUUAUUCCUUUAUUACUGGUAUUACCCACCGUUUUACGAGCUCAAAAUACCUUGGGUUGUCCCGACUUAACUAAAACCAGUAAAUGUUCGUGUUAUACAUCCGAAGAUGGUUUAUUUCUCGAUUGCCAAUACGCGGACAUAAAAGACGUAAACAAUGCGCUCAAAAGCGUGUCUUAUGUUCACUCACUGUCAGUUUAUGACCUCGAAGACAACGAAGAUGUUUUGGUACCUCAUUUUAUACCUCAGGGCGUUUGUAUAAAGUAUAUACAUAUUUCAAGAACGAGUAUAAAAGAUAUUGGCGACGACACAUUUAUGCCGCUGAGAAAGUGCCUUGAAACAUUGAGUUUUGAAUCGAGUAAGCUCAAAGUAAUCCCUCAAAAAGCAUUGUCAAGCAUGCUGAAAUUAUUAUCAAUCGACUUGACGUCUAAUUAUAUCGAGGAGAUACCCAGUUACAGCUUUUACGGGCUUCCGCUAGUAAAACUGAACAUAAAAGCGAAUGUAUUACGCGAUAUAUCAGAAACUGCUUUCACCGGUCUGGAAUUAUCUUUGACUAAAAUAGAUUUGAGUGAAAAUAAUCUUACAACAUUCCCUAUUGCGGCCAUUGCUAAGUUGAGGCAUCUCCGAUCAUUAACGUUGGCUUGGAAUGAAAUUUCUUCAUUUCCCACUGUUGAGAAUGCAGAUUUAAUAUCCUUAGAGUACCUCAAUAUGAAUUCCAAUAAUUUUGAAUUUAUUUCAGAAGACUGCCUUAAAUUUUGUCCGUCCCUGGUGACAUUAUCAUUUCAUUUUAAUUUUAUCAAUAAUAUUCAUUACAAAAGCCCUUUUAUUCGUUGGCAAACUUAAAAUCCCUAGACUUAAGUUACAAUAGAAUUAAAGUUUUAAACCCUAAUAUUUUU